AUGAUUUAAUGUGAUAUUCAAUAUCAUAUCUCGCGUUUUAAUGUGUAAACAAGCGCUUACAGCCAACAACUUCCAUUUAAAGUAAGAAACGAAUGCUAGACAUAUCUUACCUGUGAACGGUUUAAAUUGACCCUGAUUUAAAAUAAACACUGGCUCACAAAGCAGACAGUAAAGACUCUUCAAACGGGAAAUGUUUACAAAUUUUAUUUUGCUCUAAAAACAGCCGUGAAGGAAACGCUAAUGUUGUUUUUCUUCGGUUAAGCGAAAGCUCCGACCACGUCACAAAACUGACCAAUCACGUACCAGUAGUAGAACGUUGGAACGCGGGUUCGAUCGUGACGCAACAGCAAAAGAGCUCUCUCGGUGAAAAAUUUGCUCAUUGCGUUUAUUUGACACAAAGCUAGAAGCUGUACAAAGUUUGCUCUGCUAAUACUGUCAAUUGAUAGCGUACGGUUUAUUGAGGAUCACUUUGAUAAACUAGCUUUACUUUCAGAACAUUUCAGUGUUUAUUGUAAGUUUAUUUGGAUUUUCUCAUCUAUAAGUGUACGCAAGUUUAACCAAAAAUGUUAUUUACCGUGCUCGGAGUAAUUGCUCUCUUUCUGAGAGAAAGAGACACCAACAACACUGAAGAAGAGGUCCAGAAUGAUGUACCACCUGUGAGGAACAGUGACGGUCGAGAAAUCGAUGACUGGUGUAAAGAGCCAUCACUGUUAGAGCCUGUCAGUGUUCACAGUGAGGAACCAUCGCUGGAGGAGCCUGUCAGUGUUCACAGUGACGAACCAUCGCUGGAGGAGCCUGUCAGUGUUCACAGUGAGGAACCAUCGCUGGAGGAGCCUGUCAGUGUUCACAGUGAGGAACCAUCGCUGGUAGAGCCUGUCAGUGUUCACAGUGAGGAACCAUCGCUGGAGGAGCCUGUCAGUGUUCACAGUGAGGAACCAUCGCUGGUAGAGCCUGUCAGUGUUCACAGUGAGGAACCAUCGCUGGAGGAGCCUGUCAGUGUUCACAGUGAGGAACCAUCGCUGGAGGAGCCUGUCAGUGUUCACAGUGAGGAACCAUCGCUGGAGGAGCCUGUCAGUGUUCACAGUGAGGAACCAUCGCUGGAGGAGCCUGUCAGUGUUCACAGUGAGGAACCAUCGCUGGAGGAGCCUGUCAGUGUUCACAGUGAGGAACCAUCGCUGGAGGAGCCUGUCAGUGUUCACAGUGAGGAACCAUCACUGGAGGAGCCUGUCAGUGUUCACAGUGAGGAACCAUCACUGGAGGAACCAUCACUGGAUCUCAGCUUCUUCUCUGCUGAGUCAAGCUGGAGUGAAGAUCUCUCUUCAAGCUUCUUAACUGUUGAGUCGAGCUGGAGUGAUGAUCUCUCUUCAGGCUUCUUAACUGCUGAGUCUGGCUGUGGUGAUGAUGAACCCCUAUUUGUUGACUCUGCUGAACCUGAGAAAUUGAUGGAGGACAAAGAGACACAAAUCAUUGAGAUCAAUUCCCACUGCUAUGCAAUUGAAGCUCAGCUGGGUGAAGGAGGCUGUGGAGCCGUUUUCUCAGCCACUCGUUUAGAAGAUGGCCUUCAGGUGGCAGUAAAAUUGUCCGAUUUCGAGGAGGAGAAGCGAUUCAUCAGUGUUGAUGGGUUUGAAGAUCCACUUCCACUGGAGAUCGCUCUGCACUUUCUUGCCAAUAAAGGCCCCAAGGUUAAGGAAAUCAUCGAGCUUUUGGACUGGAAGGUGGAGGCUGAUAGGUACUUCAUGGUGCUAGAGCAGCCCAUACCCUGCAUGAGCUUGCAUGAAUUCCUUCUCGACUGCGAAGGCAUCAUUCCAGAGAACAAGCUACGAACAAUCAUGUACCAGACAACAGUUGCAGCCCAAACAUGCUGCCAGCGUGGAGUUCUUCAUCGUGAUAUCAAGCUGGAGAACUUGCUGAUUAACCCGGACACCCUUGAGGUCAAACUGAUUGACUUCGGGUGCGGCGAUCUUCUUACUGAGGACAGUUUCCAAUACUUUAGAGGCACCAGAGAGUACUUCCCUCCCGAGUUUUCAUCAACUGGAAGAUACCACGGGGAACCAGCGACAGUCUGGUCACUUGGAGUUGUUCUGUUUCUGCUAGUUUUCUACAGAUUUCCAGAACAAAGUGACUUGCCUAGAAUGAACAACAGAAGGUUGAGGAUUAAAGGCUUGUCAAGAGACUGCUGCGAUUUCUUCCACGGCUGUCUGCAGUUGGACCCAAAGGAUCGGCUUGAACUGCAGAACCUCAGUUCCCAUAAGUGGAUUAGGACGAAAACAAGGAGGAAUGAGGAGAACUGUCCUAAUUUAACGGAUGGAUCUAGUCAUUCCAAUCACCCCAUAACCUCCAAUUAAAUUCCUUGUAAAUAAAAAAAAGAAAUGAUAAAGCACUUAACAAUUUGGACCUUUAUAUAGUGUAUGUGCCUCUUCCUGCACUUUAACACCAGCUUUUGCACUAAUUCUUGCACUUUUACAUGCUAAAAUAAAAUCUAUAAUAAAAAAAUAAAUAAAAAGAUAUAUCUCAGUCGUUCCCAAUCCAGGUCCAUAUAUUUUUAUGUGUCUCUGUGAAAAUUUUAUUUGAGACGGAUCAGAGAGACUUCUGGACCAAUGAUUACUGGGAACAACUGAUAUAUAUACAGGGUUUACAAUUAACAUUAUCACUCACCAUCCAA